AUGCUCGUCGAGUCUGGCGCGACUGUCGGCAGCUGGCGCGGCAACGGCGUCGGCAGCCACUGGCUCGGCAACGACCUCUGCCGGCUGCGACGCGUCAUACACGUGCUGCGACACGCCGGCUGCCUUCCGAAGAGCAUCCCGUCGUUCGCCUGCCAGGGCCGCUGCAGCUCGCACGUGCAGCUGCGGCUCGACGCCGACCUGCGGCUGGAGCGAUCGUGCAUGUGCUGUCAGGAGGUCGGAGAGCGAGAGGCGCACGUACGGCUCAAGUGCGCUGGCGACACUGUCGGCUACCGUCGCGUGAAAACGUACGCGCCGCUCGAGUGCAUGUGUCGGCCGUGCGCCUGAUCGUCUCCGACGCAUCGUCGCCGACGCAUCGUCGCCGACGCGUCGUCAGAGAUUCUAGAAGAUCGUCAGUGAUCGGCAAAAAUCGGCUGAGAUCGGCUGAGUUCGGCAGAGAUCGGCAGAGAUCGGCAGAGAUCGGCAGAGAUCGGCUGAAAUCGGCUGAGUUCGGUUAAUAUCGGCGGAUAUCGGUGGAGAUCGGCAGAGAUCGGCGGAGGUGAUCGGAGGUGAUCGGCUGAAAUCAGCGGAGAUCGGCUGAAACCGCUAAGAUCGGCGGAGAGCCGCUAAGAUCGGCUUAUAACAUUGUCGGUGAUUGCAGAAGAUUAUUGGGGGGUCGUGUGUUUCGUUUGCGCGCGCACUUGUGUAUGCGUGUGUGUGUGUGUGUGUGUGUGUGUGUGUGUG